UGUAGCAUUUCUUGAUAAUGUGGGAAUCAUCCAUGUUUCAGUUCUGGCGUUUAUCCGUUUUCUUCAGAGGUUGUUCACUGAAAAUUUCAGUGCCAUUGGGGCUGGCAAAGUGCAGGAAGCUGUGUUCAGGUCCCAGAAAAGUAAACAGCAUGUCAACCAACAAGCAAAAGAUUCUGGUAGCAUUGGAUUUUGACCACACUGUCAUAGAUGGCAACAGUGAUAUUCACAUCACUCACCUGUGUCCCUCUGGUAACGUGCCAGAUGACAUCAAGGAGAAGUUUAGCGAGAAUGGUUGGACGCACUACAUGGCCGCAAUAUUCGAAUAUCUCCAUUCGCAUGGCAUACAAGCAGAGGAUUUGAAACAAUCGAUACUGGAGAUUCCGUUAACAGAAGGAAUGGACGAGCUUUUUAAAUUUUUGGAAAACGAGCUGUUUGAGGUCAUAAUAAUUUCAGAUUCUAAUUCGGUGUUCAUUGAUUAUGCCAUUGAAAAGUACAACUUGCAGAAUGUUGUAGAUAAAGUUUAUACUAAUCCAGCUAAGUAUGAUGAAACAGGGAAGCUUACUAUAAAAUUUUACCAUACACAGGACUGGUGUAAACUGAGCACGGAAAAUCUUUGUAAAGGUCAUAUACUGGAAGAGCAUGUGAAAAAUGCCAAAGAUGAUGUUGAAUUCAGUCAUAUACUUUAUGUAGGGGAUGGAAGCAAUGAUUUGUGUCCUUCAUUGAGGUUGUUCGAAAAGGAUUAUGUGUUUCCUAGGAAACAAUACUCUCUUUGGAAGAAGUUAAAAAAGCUUGGUUGCCUUGACAACGAGGCAACUGACCUUGAACUGAAGGCUAAAAUAGUGGAAUGGUCCACAGGAAAAGAGGUGCUAGAUGUUUGUAAAACAUUGGAAAGGGAAAGAUUUCAGCAAAAAGAAGAAAACUGAUCUAGUCUAACAGUUGAACCUGUCUUAGCAGUCACCUCUGUUAAACAGCCACUCGCCUUUUGCAGCCUGUCACUUACAUCCCAAAGCAACAUUUUUUGAGUCGGCUAAAGGCUGAAA